AUGUCAAUUUCCAUCACGGCUCCGACGCGUAAACGAGUAUGCUACUUCUUUGACGCUGAUAUUGGAGGAUUUCACUAUGGACCAAGUCAUCCUAUGAAGCCAACACGGAUAAAAAUGUGUCACGCGCUCGUGAUGAAUUAUGGGUUGUAUAAGCGAAUGGAGAUCUUUCGAGCAAAACCUGCUACGAAGCGGGAAAUGACACAAUUUCACACUGAUGACUACAUCGAAUUUCUGGGCAAGGCGUCACCCUCAACCGCACACCAGUUUGUCAAAGAACAAGGCAAAUAUCAAGUUGGUGUUGACGACUGCCCGAUAUUUGAUGGCCUGUUCGAUUACUGCUCAAUCUCAUCCGGAGGAUCAAUGGAAGGAGCGGCUCGUCUAAGUCGGGACAAAUGCGACAUCGCGAUCAAUUGGGCCGGCGGACUUCAUCAUGCCAAGAAAAGCGAAGCAAGCGGGUUCUGCUACGUCAACGACAUCGUUCUGGGAGUACUCGAGAUGCUAAGACACUAUGAACGCGUGCUAUAUAUUGACAUAGAUUGUCACCAUGGAGAUGGGGUUGAAGAGGCGUUCUACACUACUGAGCGCGUCAUGACCGUCAGCUUCCACAAGUAUGGCGAAUACUUCCCUGGGACGGGAGAUUUCCGAGACGUUGGAGUUGGGAAGGGCAAGGGAUAUGCUUUGAACUUCCCAUUGCGAGAUGGCAUCACAGACCAAAGUUAUCGCAGCGUAUUUGAACCCAUCAUCACUGCCGUGAUGGAGCAAUACCAACCGCAAGCAAUUGUCCUCCAAUGUGGGACCGAUUCAUUAGCGGGUGAUAAGUUGGGAUGCCUCAACCUAUCGAUGCGCGGUCACGCGAACUGCGUCGCGUUCGUCAAGAAGUUCAAUCUUCCCCUUCUCUUGCUGGGCGGUGGUGGCUACACCAUGCGCAACGUCUCCCGUUGCUGGGCAUACGAGACGGGCCUUGCGACCGGCGUGGAACUAGGCGAGGACAUCCCCAUGAACGAGUAUUAUAACUACUUUGGGCCGGAUUAUAAGCUGGAUGUUCGCCCGAGCAAUAUGGAGGAUCUUAAUACGCCUUCGUAUCUCAACCGCAUGCAAGAGAUCACGGUCCAGAAUCUGAGGGAGCUCGGUGGUCCUCCUGGGAUCGGCAUACAGGAAGUUCCUAGGGUUCCGAUGUUCGACGAUAUGGACGAAAACGAAGAUGAAGAUAUGGAGAAUCCCGAUGACCGACGUCCACAACGGCUACGUGAUAGAAAACGCAUGACCUUAUGGGACAGCCAGAUGGCUCUGGACGAUUCGGAUGACGAAGAUGAGGGUGGUCGCCGUAACAAGGAAGAUAACAAGACGAACGGUGCCAUCUAGUAGUUAACCUCCGUAUUGCGUAGAUCAAGACGUCCGGCAGUCCAUUAGUGUCAUGUAUUAUCAGUACAACAGUGUACAACGGAGGCUUGUUAUGAGACAACUUGGGCCUGGAGUUCCUCUUCCCUACGUCGCAAGCCUUGUAGCUCCGCCUCUAACGCGACGUUAGCUAGCUCUAUUUGCAACAGACUGGAGAUCAACUCUGUCCACCGCGUCUCCAUCGAGAUAAGCUGCUUUCCGAUAGCGGUAUGAGAAAUCUUCCUCUCCCUGUUGACUUGGGUCACAUCCUCCUUUAGUCUCUCAAGCUGCCUCUGGAGCCUGUCCGCAUCCGCCUCUCUCCGAUAGUUCGCCACUCGCCAAGCGUUCGCGCCAUACGUCUGCAGCAGGCUGAUAUUGCUUUGCCUAUUGAGCUGAUGCUCUAGUUGUGCCUUGGCGUUGUCGAUCGCUUUGAUCCAUUCUUCUUCUGAUGCACCGGCGGGAGGAGCAGGAAGGCCGUAGCGCGACUUGUCUAGCGCUGCUAGUGGCUUGUUGCUUGAGAUUCGGUCGAGCUCAGCUUGCAGCAUGGGAUUUGAAGCGAACAGGUUCGGCAGUGGUGGUAGCCGGGGAUCAUCGUCCGGCACAGAUGCUCGAGAAGAGGGUAAUAACUUUGCAACUUUCUCCUUCAGUUGAGGUUGUAGUUCGAGAUCCCGGUCAUAGUAAGGCAGAUUAUCGAGCAAUGCGGUAUCCAUCAAUUCAAGAGACAUGUUACCCAGCAGAUGAUUAGGAAUGGAGCAAUUGUGUGCACGAAAAG